AUGAGAAUAUAUAGCAAUAAUAUGGAUUCUCUUGAUAUACCAUCUUUCUUUAUCUGCCCCAUCUCUCUUCAAAUCAUGAAAGAUCCUGUUACUAUCUCCACAGGCAUGACUUUUGAUAAAGAUAGCAUUCAGAAAUGGCUAUUCUCUUAUAACCAUAUCACUUGUCCCAUUACAAAAGAACCUCUCUCCGAUUUCUCUCUUAUCCCAAACUCCAAUCUUCUUCGCUUGAUCCAGUCAUGGCAGUUACAAAAUCUGCCCUAUGAUAUAUCAACAAAAUCUAUAGCGCAGAACACAAAGCUGGAAGCCUCGGUCUCUAAUAUUAGUCUUCUUCUUGAAGAAAUCAAACAACCUCACUUACAGGUGAAGUCUCUUGGAAAAAUCAAAACCCUAAUCCAAGAAAAUAAUGGUGACAUGAAUUUAUCCAUAGGAGAUGAUGUUUUAUUUUCUUCCGUAGCUUCGCUUGUAGCGAAAUCUGGGUUACCUCCAGGUCACGGCUCAUCGUCUAUAAUUAUCGAUGAAGCACUGUCUAUUUUAUGUCUUUUAAAGCCAUCUGAUGAGACUUUAAAGAUAGUGUCAGGGAAUGAAAAUGGGGUUUUGAUCGUUUCACUUUGUAACAUUACGACAAAAUAUUUACACAACCAGGCAAGAACAAAAGCUGCUCUUCUUCUAAAGUCCAUAUUCAAAGUUGUAGAUGAGACUUACAAGGCAGAACUUAAACUAGAGUUCUUUGAGAGUAUUACAGAGAUAUUAAAAGAUCAAAAUUCAAAAAAUGGAAGCAUGGCUGUUUUAACCAUUUUAAUGGAGGUUUUACCAUUUGGAAAAAAUAGUGAGAAAGCAAUUAGAGGAGGUUGUGUUCCAGUUCUUGUAGAAUUGUUGGCUGAGAAUAUACAACGAAGGGACUGUGAGAUGAUGUUGACCGUGUUAGAAAAGCUUUGCAGGAAAUCUGAAGGGCGGGCGGCUUUUCUUGCGCAUCCAAUCGGCAUUGCAGCUGUUUUGUCAAAGAUUUUGAAGGUUUCUCAUAUUGGAAAUGAUAAAGCAAUUAGUUUGUUGUUGUGUGUUUUGAAGUUUUGUAAGAGUCGUGAGGUUGCACAAGAAUUCGUGGAGGUUGGCGGUGUGGCCAAGGUUUUCAUGGUGGUGCAAAGUGGAUGUGAUUCGAAGAUCAAGAAUAAAGCUAAUGAAAUUUUAGGGUUUCAUAAAAAUACAUGGAGAAAGUGUUCUUGCGUUCCCUCUCCUUUGAAAGUUUAAUUAAUUACUUGAGACACAUAGUAUAUGGUUUCUUUGUUUUCCCCCUUGAGAAAGGAGAAUUAUUCUUUUCUUUGUUUUUGUUUUUCCUGGGUUUUUUUGGUUAUUUUGAAGCGUGAAAGAUCU